GUUUCUCUGUGCUAGGCGGAUCCCUUGCAUUCACGUCUUUGAAACUUUGUUUCGAAUCACAUAUCUAAAUACCUUUUAACACAGUAAGUGACCCCUUUAUCUGUUACAUUGGUGCCUAGCUAAGUGUUCAAGAUCACUGAUGUAACGACCCUUAAAGACAGUAUUUGCAGACGUUUACGGUAAAAGCCCACAAGGUUUUGAAUUAUCUGAAGUGAGCGAACUAGCUAGUUAGCCGCUAGCUAACAACAGGCUCGACUUCUUAAUUUUAGGUUCUCUGAUAGUGAAACCGUUUCAGCCUGACAGAAUAAAGAACAUGGGGGACAAGGAGCUGAUGUGGGCCUUGAAAAAUGGUGAUUUGGACGAGGUGAAGGCUUUAUUGAAAAAGGAUGAUGAUGUGAAUCGAACGCUGGAGGGCGGCAGGAAGCCACUGCACUAUGCAGCGGACUGUGGCCAGACUGAGAUGCUGGAGUUCCUGUUGUCUAAAGGAGCUGAUGUUAAUGCUCCAGAUAAACAUGGUAUUACUCCCUUGCUUUCGGCAACUUAUGAGGGUCACGUCAACUGUGUGAAGAUUCUGCUAGAGAAGGGGGCUGAUAAGGAGAGGAAAGGACCAGAUGGGCUGAGUGCGUUUGAGGCGGCAGAGAGUGAAGCCAUUAAAGCCUUGCUCAAGUGAGGCUGAGCCUGGCCUGCAGCUCCUAGGUGCAAACAGACAUUUGAUAGCAACAAGACAGAGCUCACACUCUCACGCCUCUCUUCCUCUGUCCAGUGGCUGUCUUGUCUUCUAGGUUUUCUUUUUUUGUUUCACAUUUACUUUUUAUUUUUGUUUGUUGUUUUUUUAUUAUUAUUAUUAUUAUUAUUUUGGGAAAUGGGUGUGUGAUUACUAUCUUAUUUGAAAUGUCCAUUGAUUGAACGGACUGCUCAUUCACUCAAUACUCCCUUAAGGACCACUGGCUGUGGGGAAGCCCUCAGUCUCUGUUUGUGUCAUGACUAAAUACAGACUCUUAGAAUUCAUGCAAAUAGAGAAAAACUACAGCGCUUAUGUACAAUACAAACGUUUCACAUGCUGUAAACAAUCCCCUGUCGAGGAAUGUGUGGAAAAUAAUAGAGUAAAUGUGUUUUGUACUGUAAAACUCAAAUGAGCUGAUUAUUUUAGUUUAGUAUCUGUAUUGAGAAAGCAGUUUGACAUUUAACAUUAACAUUGACAGGAUCUUUUACUCUAGUUCCAGUGCUCUGUCUGAGGCUAGACAUGGAAUAUGGAAUUGCUGGGGUGGAAAGUUUGAAUAUUACUAAUACUUACGGUCUCCCAGUGAAAGGCCCCAAUGACUUCUGCAAAUAUCCAUAAUGCUUCGUGUCAUUCCCACACAACAGCCUUUAUUUCCUUCUAACAGUAAAUUACAAACGGUGAAUUGAAAGUGGUGUAGAAAUCAUGUCAUGCCGGGCUGCUGUUCUGCUUUUCUGCUCAGUUGUGUUUGUACACUUGAGGGGAGUGGGGCCAAAAUGAAGAAAAAAUGAGUAAUUGCUCUGAAUUUUCUAGCAGGAGUUGGAGUAGAAUGAGAGGAGCAGUAUGUGUCCCUUUGCAGCUCUCAUGUGACUGAUCCUGAUGGACUCUACUACUCACCCCACUGCAUGCUAAUGCCUCCGCUCCUACACUCUGCAAACGCUGUGCUUCUUUCUUGCUCUCUUGUUUUGCUUUGAAGUAGCAGAUGUCACCAUUAAACAAACAAAAGACAACAUUUUAAAGCUUUAUAUCUGGCAUCAUU